AUGACGCUGGAUAGCCUCCGCCUCGGUACCGUGGCCCCCAACUUCAAGGCCGAUACCACCAAUGGACCCAUUGACUUCCACGACUUCAUCGGCGAUAAGUGGGUGGUCUUCUUCUCCCACCCGGAGGACUACACGCCCGUCUGCACCACCGAGUUGGGCGCCUUCGCCAAGCUCGAGCCCGAGUUCUCCAAGCGCGGCGUCAAAUUGAUCGGCCUCUCGGCCAACACCCUCGGCAGCCACGAGGGCUGGAUCAAGGACAUUGACGAGGUUACCGGCGGCAAGGUUUCGUUCCCCAUCAUUGCCGACAAGGAGCGCAAGGUUGCGUUGCUAUUCGACAUGCUCGACUACCAAGACACCACCAACGUCGACGAGAAGGGUAUCGCCUUCACUAUCCGCUCCGUCUUCAUCAUCGACCCACAGAAAAAGAUCCGCACUAUCCUGUCGUACCCGGCGUCCACCGGCCGCAACUCAGCCGAAGUUCUCCGCAUCGUUGACUCCCUCCAGACCGGAGACAAGUACAAGAUCACCACCCCGAUCAACUGGGUGCCCGGCGAUGAUGUGAUUGUCGCCCCCAGCGUCAAGAACGAGCAGGCCAAGGAGCUGUUCCCUGAUUUCCGCAUCGUCAAGCCUUACCUGCGAUUUACGCCGCUGCCUAAGGAGAAGGCGACCGUCUAAGGCUUGGCUGAGGAGCAAUUUGGGAAUUGAGGGAUGGAUGUGAUCUCAUGAAGUCAGUAGACGAAGGAUUGAUCUAUCGGGGACCAUAGGACGCGUUGGAAAUAAUCGCUGUGUGGAACCACGAUCUCCAGCUCGGGGAUCUGCACUCAUCCCAUUGACCCCUAAUCCCAUAAAUUCCAUGAAACAAAAUAAAAAACAACUUGCUAAAACUACACAACAAAAACCUUAACCAUAGUCCAAGACCACGUCAUCGCGCAAAUUACGUGAAAUAUGCAUUUGA